AUGGCCGAGCCAGGCGAAGCUGUAUCAAGAGAACUCGAGGUUGUGGACGAGGGCGAACCGCUCCUUUGCGCUCGACGACUCGCUCAGGCUCUUCCCGUCUUGACCUGGUUCCUCUCAGCUAUUCUCAAGCGUCGCGCUGCGAUUGUCGACGCUACCGGACCCGCUUCUCCUCGACAAUUGAUGAGGGACAGACGGUGUGAAGACGACGCGCGGGGCUGGGAAAGCGUAUCGAUACGCCUCAGAACGCUUCUCUUCACCAGACCUGGUCUCUUCGCUUCUCCCUCGCUUGUUCCGCCUUCCUUCGUCGAUAGGAGCUCGCGUGACGUGGCCGAGGCGGGGACUCGCACGGUCGCUCUUCGCUCUUCCUCUCUUUCCCUCCUCCUUCUCCCUCACCUCGCUCGCUCCGUCUUCAACGGCUCCUUCGCCCUCCCACGCUUACUUUACAGCCUUGAUACUCGCCCUUCUCCCCUCGAACACCAUGCUCCGCCUCUCGCUCCUCCCCCUCUUCUCCAUCCCUCUCGCCCUGCUCCUCGCCCCGCUCGCCCACGCCCAAUUCUCAACCGACAACACCCCCGCCUGCUGCAGGACCUGCUACGCCUCCACCCUCACGCAGUACGACGCUAUCAAGCCGGGAGAGGCGGGAUCGUUGCGUGCUUGUCGAACCCUGCGGACGCCGCCAAGGGCCAGCAGCAAUGGGACGCCGCCUGCUCGUACGCCGCCUCGACUUCGUCCAUGUGGGACCAGGCUCACUCGUCCGCCGCUGUCAAGGUCGCCACGGUGCCCGGAACCACCGUCUUGCCGCUCGUCACCUCGACCGCCGCUCGCUCCGCGUUGUCGACCGCCACCGCCGUCGCUCAGUCCGACACCGUCCACCUCGCCUCGUCCUCGACCUCCGGCGCCGCCAAACUCGUCUGCACCUCGCUCUUCGCCUUGAUUGGCGCCGUCAUACUCGCCAUCGUCGUCUUCCUCGAGGCUGGGCCGAGUCUCUAG